GAACCUGGUAACAUUUGGGGACCUACUUACACAAGAAACACCUCCUCCAUCUCUCUGAACUGGACCCAACCUCCUGGUGAGGUGCUCCUGUACAGGGUGGAGUGGGAUCAUGGUGGAGCAAAGACGAUCAGAGACACCAACAACCUCUUUGCUGUGCUAUCAGACCUGAUCCCUGGCACUAGCUACAACAUCUUAAUUAUUGCUGUUGCUGGAGACAAUAAGACAACAGGAGAUCCUCACCAGCUCACCAUAGUCACAAAGCCUGAAGUAGUCAGGAAUCUCUCUGUCACUGAUAUCACAACAUCCUCUAUAUCUGUGAUGUGGAAUGAACCAGAGGGGAACAGCUCUUCCUAUAGAGUAGAGUGGAGUGAUGGAAAUGUCACUAAAAGUGAAAACGUGACUGAAACACAAAUAACCAUUUCUAACCUGACUGCUGGUGUCCAGUAUGAUAUAAAUGUCACUGCAGUGGCAGGUGAUGGCAGUACUGAAGGACAGAGUACCACUGUUUCUCAUUACACCAAACCUGCUGGUGUCAAAAAUCUCUCCAUCAUUGCAGUCACAAAUUCAUCUGUGUCUCUGAUCUGGAAACAACCCAAGGGCAAUGUGUCCUCAUACUCAGUUCAGUGGAAUGCAAUAGGAGAAACCGUAACCCUUAAUAAUACCACUAUUGAAACCAACUUUACUAUCAACAAUUUAACCCCUGGAGUCCAAUACAACAUUCUAGUGGCUGCUGUUGCUGGAAAAUCCUCAAAUAAAGGAGUCGGAACCUCAAUAAGUACCUUCACAAGGCCUGAAAAGCCUGAGAACAUCAAGAUUACUGCACGAGGAACCAGUGACCUGACCAUCGAGUGGACUUUACCUUCAGGGAUUGCUGAUCACUAUGUGGUGAACAUCUCAAAUCAAAAUGAUUCUAAUAGCACCACAACAGCGGGCAAAGAAGCAAACUUUACUGAUUUAUUCCCUGGGAGACUGUAUGAUAUCAAAGUGACCGCUGUAGCUGGAAACUUCAGCGAGACGUCUGAGCAGUCUUCAUUUGCCACUAAGCCCACACCUCCUGGAUCCAUCAUCAUCAGUCAGAGGACAAACUCGCUCUUUUUGAGGUGGGAUACUCCUGUUUUGAUGGAUGGAGCUCCACACAUCAGCUAUAACAUAUCCUAUCAGCAUGAUGGUGGAGAGGCACUGAAUAAAAUCUCCUCAAACACCCACACCGUGCUGACCUCACUUCUCUCUGGAAAGUCCUACAAUAUAACUGUACAAACAGUUGGACCCCAGAGUUUAAAGAGCACGGCUGUCCAAAAUACUUCUUUCACCUUGCCCAACCCUGUGUUGAACCUUGAAGCGAGCCCUAAAUCCACCACCUCAGUAAAAGUGUCAUGGUCACAACCACAGGAAGCCUGGUCGUAUUAUGAAUACUUGGUUCAAGCCUACAAGACUACAGGAGAACUGGUGUUCAACAUAACAGUCAGCAAUAACAGUGCAGAUGUAACAUCUCUGGAGCCAGGGAAUAGAUACAAUAUCAAUGUCACGACUAUAGCAGCAGCAGGGAGUGAAUCCACGGCAGAACAGACAUUCAGUUACACCAUGCCGAAAGCAGUGUUGAAUCUCACAGUGGAGUAUGUGAACACAACGGCCAUCCGGCUGACAUGGCGUGGACAAAGCGAUCACAAGCCUACCUACUCCUACCUGGUGAUAGCGCUGCAGAACACCAGGAUGGUGCAGAAUUCUUCAAUCUACAAUGAGUCGUUCACAUUCUGCAAUCUGAACCCUGGAGAAUUGUACAGUUUUGAUGUCUUUACGGUGGUAGAAGGGGUCAAGUCCAGAGUGGAAAGCAUAUCAAGUUACACAAGGCCUGAAACAGUUUCUGGCAUCAUAGCGUUAGGAAAUACAACAACAAUGUCAGUGAGUUGGACACUAGCAUUUGGACAGGUGGACUCCUACACCGUCCAGCUGCAAAAAGACUGGGAGCUGGAGAGAAACAAAACAGAUCUGAGCAACAACACUGGGGAAGUAAUGUUUCAGGAUUUGACACCAGGAGUGCUUUACUGUGUGAUUGUGGUCACCAAAAGUGGACCUUUUCAAAGCAACUUGUCUUAUUGCAACGCAACUUUUCCCAACCCUCCAGGCCCCAUCACGGUGGUCAAUCAAACUGAGACGUCCAUCAAAUUCACCUGGCCCCCUCCAGAGAAGAUGGACUAUAAUCAGUUCACCUUCAGUGUUUCCAACUUUUUGCACUCCUCUCUCGUUACACACAACUGGUUUCUGCUGGACAGGCUCCAGUCUGGAAGCCCCUACAGUAUUACUGUUGUUACUGUGGGUGUGUUAAACUAUACGAGCACUGCAGUGACAACGGAAAACUAUACCAGACCAUAUUCUGUCGCCAACCUGAGAGAGACAGAAAUCACCACAGAGUCAGUGACCCUGGAGUGGAAACAGCCAGCAGACAAAAACUACUCAUAUGUGGUUCAGACCAGCAAUGGCUCCUUCUAUCCCCCUGCAGUCACACACAAACACAACAAAACAAUCCAUGGACUUCUCUCUGGGAGCAACUACAGCUUCACUGUAACCACACAGACAGCAGAUGGCACUGAGGCAGCUCCUAUGGCAGUGUCCUACUUUACACGUCCCUACAGAAUUGGGCAGUUGGAAGCUGACACCUUAAACUCAACUGCUGUACGUCUGGUUUGGACUAAGCCACCAGAGUAUAAGUCUGAAUACAGGUAUCGGGUCGAGUAUGCAGGAUUUGUAUAUAAAUCCAAAAACAAAUCCUCCGAACAAAAUGACAUAGAGAUCUCGGGGCUCAUUGCCGGGACCAACUACACCUUCUGUGUUUUUGUCAUGGCAGCAAAUGGCAUAGAAGGGGAAGACAGAUGCAUUUCCAAGUGCACAAAUGCAAGCCCGGUGAAAGAUUUGAAGUGUGAAGGUCCGAACACAAAAAAGGCAGAACUCAUCCUGAAGUGGGACAAACCCAAUGGCCAAUACUCUGGCUUCAAAGUCACGUAUAAUGGCAAUAUCACCUCGACUAAAAACUGUUGUGAACAUACUGUGACCAACCUUCUUCAUUAUACUAAAUACAAUCUGACAAUGGAGACUCAGAGCUGUGGACUACCCAGCACUCCUCGGAAUACUCAAUGCUGGACAGGCAUCACAAAUCCAUCUAUUCCAGCUAACUUCAAGUUGCUGGUGAAUGUGGGUUCCACGUUAUUCAGCACGUUCACCCUUCAGAUUGACCAAAGCCUGCUGGACAACACCAAUGGGCCAAUCACACAUGUUGGGGUGCUGGUGACAAAUGACCUCAAAAGUAGUGACACAGCUAAUUGGACCCAGGGCUUGAGAAAGACUUAUAGUGAGUGGAAAGCAAAGCCUACAUCUGUGUACCUGGCAACGGUCACAGAAAUCCACUCCCAAAAACGCAGUGGAGAAAGCCAUUUCAACAUAGCGGUGGGAGAUGAAUCCAAAUGGAAUGGCUACACUAAUGGUGCUUUGGAUGCCAAUGGAAAAUACCAAUAUGCCAUUGUGUUGUUCACCCAUCUGGUCAUGGAAAACGACCUUGUCCUAAACGGUGCAUCACUGAUGACAAUAGCCCAUCCCUAUCCUGUUGUUAUACUUCCACAGAACCCAGCAAUCAUUGGCAUUGCUGUCGGAGUAACAUUGGGAAUCUUUUGCGUUCUCUUCAUCAUCCUAAUCGGCUUCAUAGUCUAUUGGAAAAGGGUUUCCAACAAAGAAGCAUCAGACAUCCAGAUAUUUUCCAUGAGAGCCAAAGUCAGUUUGGCUGUGAGGGUGGAGGACUUUGAGGCCUACUACAAGAAGCAGAAGGCCGACUCCAACUGUGGCUUUGCUGAAGAAUUUGAGGACCUGAAGAUGGUUGGUACAGUUCAGUUGAAAACUAACGCUGAGAGAUUGGAGAACAAGCCCAAGAACCGCUACGCUAACGUGCUUCCCUAUGACUCCUCUAGGGUGAAACUCUCUAUCAUCCAUGGGAGUCCAUAUGAUGACUACAUCAAUGCUAACUACAUGCCGGGUUACAACUCUAGGAAGGAGUUUAUCGCAGCUCAGGGUCCUUUGCCCGGCACAGUCAACGAUUUCUGGAGGAUGAUCUGGGAGAAGAACGUACGGAGUCUGGUCAUGCUGACACGCUGUAAUGAACAGGGACGAGUAAAAUGCGAGCAGUAUUGGGCUCAGGGCACCAAGCACUUUGAAAACAUCACUGUGACAACAACCUCUGAAAUAGCGCUUGAAGACUGGACCAUCAGGGACUUUGACGUUAAAAAUGUAAAAACAGCAGAGACCCGUUCAGUGCGUCACUUCCACUUCACAGCCUGGCCAGAUCAUGGCGUACCGCAAACCACUGAGCUCCUCAUCAGCUUCAGACACUUGGUCAGAGAACACAUGGACCAAUUUUCCAGGCACUCUCCCACUGUGGUCCACUGCAGUGCUGGUGUCGGAAGAACUGGCACCUUCAUAGCCAUCGACCAUUUGAUGUUCCAGAUUGAAAGGGAAAAUAUUGUGGAUGUUUUCGGCAUCGUCUAUGAUCUCCGCAUGCACCGACCCCUUAUGGUGCAGACAGAGGACCAGUAUGUGUUCUUAAACCAGUGUGCCAUCGACAUCAUCAGAUCAAGAACUGGAACCAAUGUGGAUCUAAUCUACCAAAACGCUGCUGCACUCUCUAUUUAUGAGAAUGUAGAACCAAAAAAAGAUUUCUCCAAAAGCGAGUACAGCAAUGCAUAAACCCGAGAAAACCACUCAGGUCCUCCUAUAUUCUCUCAAGCUUUAAAAAAUCUGUAGGCUUUUGCAAAGAGAACAUUUUUAACAAAUUGGGGUGCAUUUCUAUUUUUAUUCUUGCCAGGCUUUUGAUAAGUAUCUUGUAUCUUUUUAGAUUCAACCCUCUAUUUUGUGGUAUUUAUUUGUUGCAAAUGUUGAAUGAUUGAUAAUAGAGGGAGCUGCAUAUGGAGAUACAAUAGGGGACAUCAUCACUGACCAAAAGGAAAUUGGAUUAUAUGUCAAUUGGAUUGUCUCUGAUAAAGGCAGAUUUUUGUAUUGCUCAGUCUUUCUUUACAUUUCUGCUUGUUUACUACUGUAUAUGACUAACUGAUUAUACAAUUUUCUUCUCAGGUAAUAUAUUGUAUAUAGGUAUUAUUACAGUUUUUGCCAGGAACGCUUGUAUUAUCGGAACUUUGUAUUGCCUUGUACGAAGAAUUGCUGGUUCGAAUAAUAUGUGCCUUUUCAAAGCCUGUAUGCUUUGGUGCCAGUAGGUGGCACUCCAUUGUAUUGUGUUAAACUGAAAGAGACAAACAGGGACUGAUAAGAUAUUACUUAGUUAAAGGAACCUUUAGGUUAAGACAAACAAUAUAUCAUAUUUGAUAGAAGUAUCAGGUUAUCCAGCAAAUAAUUGUAGCUUGCCUUAUUCCAAUUCAAACUGUGCAAUGCCUUUUAAUGAAGGAAUGUUGUAUGUUCAAUGUAAAGACUUUUCUUUGUCUAUGCACUGUAGUUAGUAAUGCACUGGAUGCAUUAGUCUUUUGUACACUGUCGAAUUUACUAAUUAUAAAGAUGUAUUUAUCCGUUAUCAGUCUCAUAGAUAACAUUUUGGCCAGUUGUUUGUGAAACAUUCAUUCGCCCCACAUUUGAUUGUUGCAAUUUGACUUUGAUUUUUGUUUUCUUCAUCUGAUCAGAAUAGGUUUGCAUUAAAAAAGCGCUCAGGAGAAUUUUGCUGGGGUGGUAUGGUGUGAGAAAAUCCAUACUGCCACAGUUUGUAGUUUAAAGAAUUUAGAAGUCAUCGUACUGAUUUUGUUUUGUUAAUGACAUUCUUCUCUGUACAUUCCUCAAAGAAACAACCAUGUUAUGUCACUUCCUGCUGUAUAUCCGGCCUGUCUAUGGCCAUUUCCUGUGAUUUAAAAAUCACCAUAGGAGUUUUGUUUUUACUUUUUAGCUUUUCAAGGGCAGCAUUUGCUAUUAGGCAGGUACAUUGGUGUGUGGGGUCAGCUUUAUGAUAUAUUUUUUUAAUUAAAUGUUUCAUUUGUAUUGUAUUAUAAUGUACUUAAUGUUUAAAAGCACUUAAUGAAAAAAGAAUAGCAAAUAGUUUCAUAAUUGUAGCAAUGUUUUUGGAAUGCUUUAUAAAAUGCUUGCUGGUACAAUGCAAAUACAUGUAAAAAAAGCAAUGAUUUAAUAUUUGUAAACAUGUCAAUA